GACAAAAAAUGCCAUCAGAAUAUUAUGAUGAUAACACAAUAAAUAGCCGUAAUAGUAGCAACAAAAAAGACGAAAAUUCAAUUCUUUCAAAAUUUGGAACUUUAACUAAAAAAAAUAAUAAUUUAAAUAAUAAAAAGCAGCAAUCUCCCCCUCAAGAAGAAAUUCCAAAAGAAGAAAAAGAAGACGAAGUUGAACAAGUUGAGAAAUUGGGGAAGGAUGCAAUUGAUUCUUGUUUAAUUUUGCCUCAACCAGAUUUGAGAAAUUUAGAAGAUGGUCAGAGUAUUCGAACAUUAACAAUUGAAUCUAGAGAUGAUCCAAAAGUUAAAGAAAUACAUUAUUUGUUAAUUUAUUGGUUAAAUGAAGAAUUGGCACAGGAUAGAAUUGUUGUUAGGAAUUUACAGGAAGAUAUUUUUGAUGGACAAGUUAUCCAAAAAUUAGUUGAAAAGUUGGCACAAAUUAAGAUUGAAGUUCCAGAAGUUUCUCAGAGUGAAGAAGGCCAAAGACAAAAAUUGCGAAUUAUUGUGGAUGCUUUGGGAAAAUUAUUGAAUGAUCAACAAUACCAACAAGAAAAUCAAAAUAUACAUCAACAACAAUUAAAUAGAGGACAACAACAACAAAAAUGGACUGCAGAAUUAAUUCAUUCAAAGGAUAUUGUUGCUAUUUUACAUUUACUAAUUUCAAUGGCAUUACAUUUCCGAGCACCUAUACGUUUCCCAACAAAUGUAAAUGUUCAAGUUUUGAUAUAUACAAGGAAUGGAAAACAAAUAAAUAAAAAUAUAAUAACAGAACAAUUAACUACAAAACAAACAGAAUUAGCACCUAAAGGGGAAAGGGAUGCUUUUGAUACUCUUUUUGAUCACGGACCUGAUAAAUUACAACAUGUUAAAAGUUCUUUAAUAACUUUUUGCAAUAAACACUUAAAUAAAAUUAAUUUGGAAGUAACUGAUUUGGAAACACAAUUUCAAGACGGCGUUUUUCUUAUUUUACUUAUGGGGCUUCUUGAUGGAUAUUUUGUCCCUCUAUAUAAAUUUAAUUUACAAGUAAAUAAUAAUGAAGAAAAAUUAAAAAAUGUUCAAUUUGCGUUUUUUCUGAUGGAGGAAGCUGGAAUGCAAAAACCAAAAUGUAGACCUGCAGAUAUUGUUAAUGGAGAUUUAAAGAGCACAUUACGUAUUCUUCAUGCAUUAUUUACUAAAUACAAACAUGUCUGA